GGUCAGUGCUCACGGGAUUACCGGAAGCCUUCAUCACCAUCAUCAUCACCCAUCCGGGGUCUGGAGACGCGGAUCAUUUCACUGUUGGAUCGAUUCCCCGGGUUUGCAGUCGGUGCGCGCGGGAGAGGAGGAGGGGGCUGUGGGGAGCGCUCGAGCUUCAAAGGCCCCGCUGAUGGUGAUAACACAGAGACGGCGCGCGCCGCACGAGACCCUGACUGACUCGUGUUGUUCCGGUUCAGUUUCCGGUUUAACGGAUCACACCGCUCGCGCGACACGACGGGAUUUACCGAGCGCAAAGUUUAAACUGUUUCUCUGUUAAAGAAAAGAACCCAGGAGCGCGAGCGCUGUCUGUUAACCCGGAAGUGUAGAGAGGAGACACAGAGGGACAGGACACAGCAGCGCGAGACACCACAGCUGGGAUCACACACACACACACACACACACACACACACACACACACUAUAAGUGUGUUCUCCUGUUCAGAUGUGUUACUUGCACGUGUGUGUGUGUGUGUGUCAGGUUGGAAUGUGAUGUAUGUGUAAUCCCACAGCAGCUGCAGCAUCUCACACACACACACACACACACACACACACACACACACACACACACACUACAGUUCUUUUGACUCUAUAACACACACAACCCUACAACUUUAGAAGUGUGUUGUUCAGUACUCUGUGUGUGUGUGUGUGUGUGUGUGUGGUGAUCCCACUCACUCUGCUCUAAAUAAACAGGAUGUAGGAACAUCAGACGGAGCAGUGUAGGAUUCUGGGACAUCACCCUGUGGACUGGAGCGUCUGAGUGGCAGCCAUGUUGGCUCCUGUGACUCCGCACUGAGUGUGUGUGAGUGUGUGUGUGUGAAAUGGAGACUAAUAGAACAGGACUGAUUAAGGAACUCGUGAACACUUGACUACCACUCCGUGUGUGUGGUGGGGGGUGUCGUGGCAAUGGGGAGCUCGGCGUCGUCGUUGACGACAGAGGCGGAGCCUGAACACGGGUUCAGCAGGGCGCCGUACCCAGAGGCGCACCCUGUAGGCUGGAUACGGAACAGUCACAGCAGCCCGGUGUGGGGGAGCCGAGAACACACACACCAUCACACACCCCACCGCCCGCGCAGUCUCUCUCACUCCCGCGGGUCGAUGAUGGAGACCAUGGUUCUCGGCUCUGAUUGGUCGUGUGUUCGUUGUACCUUCCUGAACCCGGCUGGAUCUCCACGUUGCUCCAUCUGUGAGGCACCUCGCAACAAACCCGAUCUCAACAGAAUUCUGCGCCUAAGCAGCUGCUGGACCUGCCCCCGCUGCACGCUGACCAAUUACAGUGCCUCGGGGGCAUGUUCAGUCUGUGGGGCGCCACCCAGUGCCUCAAAUGGCCCUACCCCUUCCUCCUCCUCGCCCUCAAUCUCAGAACCCAUUACUUCUAACUCGGAGCCAAAACGGCAGCACGUGGACGAGGCCUUGGUGAAGAAGCCCGAGUCUAAUGGGGAAGUGAAAAACGCUGAAGUGGGUGUGGUUUCAGGCUGGGCUUGUCCCCGAUGCACACUCUUGAACACCCCGACGGCGAUGUCCUGCUCGGCCUGUGGUGGCCCUCGGAAACUUUCGCUUCCCAAAAUCCCACCCGAGGCACUCGUAGUUCCAGACAUCCGGACCCCAUUGUCUGGGUUUCCUGCACAAAAUCCCGGACCGGUCCUCAUUGACCUCACUGAGGACUCGCCUCCUAACCCCACCCCUUCUCAUACACCAUCUCCACCCCCCAACACAACCAGCUUCCUUCCUCCUUCCUUGUCCUCUUUGCAAAAUAAUCCUGUUCCUCGGAGCAGACGGGAAGUCCCACCCCCUACUUCCUCCUCGACAGGACCUUCCUCUAAACCUAAGCCGAGUCUCCCCCCCUCAGAACCAAUCAAACGUCUUAGUGUCCUUGAAGAGGAGGAGCCAAGUCCUAACCACCCGGCUCCGCCUUCUUGGAAAUGUCCCGGGUGCUCCGCUCCUUCCGGUCCUUCAGUGUCUUCGGCGGGACGUUGUGAUGCCUGUAGAGGACCACGCCAGGGGGCAGGGCCGAGCGCGGAUGUCAUCGACGUCGUUGGCGAGUCUGUUCGCUUCACGCCAGCCACACCAUCAAGCCCUGAUUUCACGUCAUGGGCGUGUCCCAAGUGCACGCUGCGGAACCCUACAGGGACAGGACACUGCAGUGCAUGCGGAACGUCCAAACUUCACGGAUUCUCUGAGCCCUUCGCUAAAAAGACCUCGCAUGCGCCCCGAGGGACGGGGCAGGGGGACAAGUGGGUGUGUCCUGCAUGCACGCUGCUGAAUGAGAUGUGUGUGAAGCACUGUGUGGCGUGUCACACGGCUCAGCGCUACAUAAGAACCAGGAAGGUGAAGGCACUGCGGCGCAGGCAGAGCGUGCACGUGGAGCAGCGGAGGAAAACGGACGAGGGCGAGGCUAAGGAACUUUGGGAGAACAUCGUCAGUUUCUGCAGAGAGAACGCUGUGAACUUUGUGGACGACAGUUUCCCUCCUGGUCCCAGGUCAGUGGGCUUCCCCGAGAGUGACAGCGUCCAGCAGCGAAUCAAAAAGUGGCUUCGCCCACACGAGAUAAACUGCAACAACUUCAAGGACCGAGGGGUGAAGUGGUCAGUGUUCCGAACACCCCGUCCGUCUGACAUCCUGCAAGGGCUUCUGGGUAACUGUUGGUUCCUGAGUGCUCUGGCAGUGUUAGCGGAGCGCCCCGAGCUGGUGGAGCGAGUGAUGAUCACCCGGUCAAUCUGCCAUGAGGGAGCAUAUCAGGUCCGCCUAUGUAAGGACGGAACGUGGACGACGGUGCUGGUGGACGACAUGCUACCAUGUGACGAGUAUGGAUACCUGCUGUUCUCACAGGCUCAGAGGAGACAGUUGUGGGUGGCUCUUAUAGAGAAGGCCUUGGCGAAGCUGCACGGCUCGUACUUUGCGCUACAGGCCGGUCGAGCCAUCGAGGGUUUGGCGACUCUGACCGGAGCGCCGUGCGACAGCCUCAACCUGCAGGUGAACAGCACCAACCCGCGCGAGGAACCCAUCGACACCGACCUCAUCUGGGCCAAGAUGAUCAGCUCCAAGGAGGCGGGGUUCCUCAUGGGGGCGUCCUGCGGGGGAGGGAACAUGAAGGUGGAUGACGCCGUAUACGAGUCUCUGGGGCUCCGUCCACGACACGCCUACUCCAUCCUGGAUGUCCGGGACGUUCAAGGCUACAGACUCCUGCGUCUGAGGAACCCGUGGGGACGGUUCUCCUGGAAUGGCUCGUGGUCGGACGAGUGGCCCGACUGGCCGCAGCACCUGAGACAUGAGCUGAUGGCGCACGGGAGCAGUGAGGGAGUGUUCUGGAUGGAGUAUGGGGACUUUAUCAAGUACUUCGACUCUGUGGAUAUCUGUAAGAUACACUCGGACUGGCAUGAGGUGCGAGUGCAGGGUUCGUUCCCCAGCAGGGCGAGUGGACCGAUCACAGUGAGCUCUCUGACCGUCCUCGAGAGGACCGCGCUGGAGUUCGCUCUGUUCCAGGAGGGGAGCAGACGGUCCGAGUCUGCGGAUAAUCACCUGUUGGACCUGUGUAUCAUGGUGUUCCGCGCGUCCUUCUCCAGCGGGAACAAACUAACACUCGGCCGGUUGCUCGCUCACAGCAAGCGCGCCGUCAAGAAAUUCGUAGGCUGCGACGUGAUGCUGGAGCCAGGGGAGUACGCCGUCGUCUGCUGUGCCUUUAACCACUGGAACGGAGGGGGAACGCCAGUGUCGAGCCCCACUGCCCCCCCUCGGUCGUGUCCUGAUUCUCCGGGCUUCAUUUUGGCCAUCUACAGCUCCAGACAGGUGAUGGUGGAGCAGGUCGAUGCCACGGCAACCACGCUCGCCGAUGCCAUCAUACUGCUGACGGAGAAUAAAGGAGAGAGACACGAGGGCCGUGAGGGAAUGACCUGCUAUUACCUCACUCAUGGGUGGGCGGGGCUUAUCGUUGUUGUGGAAAACCGACACCCGAAGUUCCAUCUGCACGUGUCAUGUGACUGCACAGACAGCUUUAACGUGGUAUCGACACGCGGCAGCCUGAAGACUAUAGACAGUGUUCCACCACUACACAGGCAGGUUCUGGUGGUUCUGUCCCAGCUGGAGGGGAACGCCGGGUUCUCCAUCACACACCGUCUGGCUCACCGUAAAGCGGCGCAGGCUAACCUGGGCGACUGGACUCCCACUAAAGCCACACACUCGCCGCAGCUCACACCCGACACAGAAGGACUGCACAAGCCCCGCCCACUCUGACACAUGCCCACAUGUGCCCACACGCUGCUGGGGGGCGGAGCAUAGCGGAACUACUGAGCCAAUUUAAUCACACAACUGCUCCUGGAGCCAAACGCACAACACACACACACACAAAGGACGGACGGUACUCAAGGAUACCGCCAUCACUAAUGCACACUGUGUGUGUGUGUGUGUGUGUGUGUGUGUGUGUGUGAGGGAGCCAAAGCUGCAGGAGGUCAAAGCGUCCCGUUUAUUUUUAACGUCUAAAGACUACAUUAAAUAUUUUUUUUAUUUUUUUUUCCUUUUGUGUCAUUUGCCCUCAUUAGCAUAUAUGGGUGGGGCUUCAUUUGUCACAGCCAAUCAGGGAGCCAGAGGGAAAAAUACCUGAACUGAGUGUUUUAGUGACGUGUGUCGACCAAAGCUCUUGUUCACCAUCACGACUUCCUCUUGAUACACACUCCGUUACAAUAGUUAGCAUCCCAGCUAGUUAGCAUGCUACGGAGUCCUCAAGUUGGAAACACGGGCAGGUACUGAUGCCUCCACCAGGUGUGUGUGUGUGUGUGUGUUUGUGAGAGAAGCACACUUUAAAGUCAGUGAGGAGAAGGUGGGGGUGAUAAGUAUCGGAGCAUUGUGUGUGUGUGUGUGUGUGUGUGUAUGUGUGUGUGCGCGCAAAAUUAUUUGUGGCAUAAAGAGAAAAGCACAAACUGAUAUACGGAGCGCUCUGAUUGGUCGGAUGGGUGUUGCCAUGGUUUCUUCAGAUCUGUCCUUUUUCCAUUUGUUUUCAGGUUGGCGGCGCCCUCUACUGGUGCGCGCGCACACACACACACACACACACACAGACACACACACAUCCCUACCUCAUGGAUACAUAUUACAACCUAAACAUGCAAGCGUUGUCCUUCUGUGGACACACUCAUAUUUUCCUCAUAAUCACACAACAGUGCACCCAG